GCCGAGAGUCCAGAAGUCCAGACCCGCGUCCUCCUCCCUCCAACGCGCCAUUUUUAAUCCACAAAGAAACGGAAACCCCACUCCACUGGACGGCAGUUCCCCGCUCCCACCCUGCUCUGCCUCUGCUCGCUCCUCGGGGAAUGCGACCGCACCACCGAGCAUGCCUCGCCUCGCGCCACCCGGGCUAGGGUUCCCCGCCGCCGCCGCCGCCGACCCAGCGACCGAGCGCCGCCACCUUCCCUCCCGGCGGAAGAAGCCGCCGCCGAGGCGAAGGCGUCCGGCGCCGCCACCCGCACCGCCGGUGGGGCCCCGCGGCGCGUCUGAUCCAGAUCCGCGCCUCCUUCUCCUCCACGACAGCCACGCAUCGGCCUCGGCCUCGCGCGGCACCGCUCCUAGAGACGGGCGCGAGCACGAGGAGGGGGACGGGGAAGACGACGCGGCGGGCUCUGGGGAUUUGGGGGAAGAGGCCGGUGACUCCUUCUCCCACUCGCUGAGAGAGUGCCAGAAGCAGCUGCAGCUCAGGGCGGAGGGGACUGCGUUGGUGCGGCCGCCGGUCACGCAUGAGCUCAACGGCGAUGGUUUUGGGGGCAUUGAACUGCUCGUGCUCUCGCCGAGGUGUCUGCUUGGGGGUAACGUGGGAGGCAUGAGCAAGAGCUCCACAGCGUCGUCGAGAAGCAGAUCAGGCACGUUUCCGAGCCCCGGGACCCCGAACUACCACCGUCAUUGCACUGGAAACAUGCAGUACCCAAAGGGGUGGAGCUCAGAGCGGGUGCCGCAAGGAGCAAGCAGCAACAGGAGGUAUGGGGGCAGUGGGGUUGUGCUUCCUUUCAACAAUGGGAGGAAGCUGCCGUCGAAAUGGGAGGAUGCUGAGAAGUGGAUCUUGAGUCCGGUUUCCUGUGAUGGGAUUGGGAGGAUGUCGGCACCAGCACCACAUCAUAGACGACCCAAGUCGAAGAGUGGGCCACUUGGUCACCCAGCUGGUGUUCCGGGAGCUUAUGCGUCUGUUUCACCGAUGGUUCCCUACUUUGAUGGCGUUCUGGCAGCGGCUAAUUUCGCGGCCCAUUCGCCUUUCUCUGCUGGAGUUCUCAUGCCAGGGCAUGUGCGUAACGGUGAUUUCAGCAGUGGAAGAGGUAGAUGUGGGGAUGAUGGCAGCAGUAGAUCGUAUUCGGCUGAGAAGGAUCCGUAUAUAUUGAGAUCUGCAAGUAUAAAUGCGUGGACAGAAACACUUAUGGAGGCAUCUGCCUUUGCUCAUAUCUCAGAGGAAGUUGCACAAGAUGAUGGCUUACAAGGCCCACAAGGAGAAACUCCUGUGAUUUCUAGUCCAAUCAUUAAGAAAGAUGUUGCCACACAAAUGAGUCCAGAUGACAGUAUAAUAUUGUCCUCCCCAAUAGCGAGGCACUCCUGCUCCAGCUUGCCAUCAGGACGUGCUAUCCGAGAGCCAAAUAAUCAUACACCUAAAGUUGAAGUUCGGGAUGUUGAGGUAGAUGAUCAAGUAACUGUUACCCGGUGGUCCAAGCGACAUAUAACACGAGGCUCCGAUAAGCGAUCGACAAAUAUUGUUGAAUGGAGGAAGAAGACUACAGAGGCUCGGGCUCCAUCUUUUGAUGAAAAAGAAAGAGAAACAUGCAUAUCAAAGUGCAAGAGGGAGGAAGCAAAGAUCACUGCUUGGGAAAAUCUCCAGAAAGCAAAAGCAGAGGCAGCAAUUCGAAAGUUGGAGAUGAAGCUUGAAAAGAAAAGGUCGUCAUCCAUGGAUAGAAUUUUGGGCAAGCUUCGUUCUGCUGAAAAGAAAGCACAAGACAUGCGUAGUACAGUUUCUGUCAGUGAAGACCAAUGUGGUGUGAGGGCAACUAGGAAGGCGUCUUACUUGAGCAGGACUGGGAAGUCUUUCAGCUGCUGUUUCACCUAUCAUGCUUGCUAGUUGUGUGUUCGACGAAUGUAUAAACUUCUUGAGAGAGAACCUUGCAGCUGUCUGCCGACAAACUCAAAUUAGACUGCAAAUCUCGGAGCAAAAGCCAGACUAGUUUCUUGCUGUUGCAGCUGGAGGUAGCAGGACUACCGAGAAGUGAUCUUGCAUGGCCUGAUGAAUGGAACACCUAGGUGCAGCACUAGACAUCAAAUUCAUUGAGCGAAGCCCACUCUUAUAGUUGAUGAUAUCAAUUACUUAUUCCCAAAAAAAGAGAUGAUAUCGAUUACUUCACUCAGUAAUCAAUAACUUCUGUCAGUGCAAAUCUCUAAACUCUGUAGGGGAAGCUCCUUUCUGGAGCUUUGUUCUAGUUAAAUGCAUGCCAGGUUAAGGUGCUUCUCGUUCUGCCUGAUGUGUACCUCCAAAUUGCCCCAAUUGGAGUUCUGGGUGUAAUCCAGGCCUUAGGGCUCCUGUAUUAGAUAUUGGAUUAGAAGAGUUUCAGAGGGCUGCACCCUUAACAAGAUUGCUUCUCACUCUCUUGUACCCUUUUGAACCUGUCCUGAAUGUUUGAAGCUUCGAUUAGGAAUAUUUGCCA